UAGUUUGAAUUUGAACAUAACCAUAAAGAAUAUUGUUGGCAAACCGUAUAGAUUUAGUCAGAAUUGCAUUGCCGGCCAAUGUAAUCAAAAUGCAAAGAUAUUUACUAAAUAUUGCGUAUAUCGGAACGAAAUACAAUGGCGUCACAAAGAAUGUGAAUAUUAAGGAUCAUUAUUCGAUUGAAUGUGCGUUGAGGCAAGCUUUUGAAAAAAUUAAGAAUGUACACAAUGUGGAAAUAUCCCCAUCGAGCAGGACUGAUGCUGGUGUGCAUGCAACCAAUACAACAUUUCACAUCGAUGUCAAUCGUGAUUCGCCACUCCCACCAUGGGUCAUCACCAAGAAAUUAAAUCUUAAGUUGAGCGCAUUGCGCGAACAAAUACGAAUCUUGAAAACCGUUCCCGUUAGCAGUGAGUUUGAUUCACGGCGCGUAGCUACAUGUCGAACAUAUUUGUAUCGUUUUGCCGUUUGCAAAGAGCCAGUCCCGAAAGGAAUGAACCCGAAAAUCUAUCACAGUUCUAUGUUUAUUCCGAUUGAAGAGAGCUUCAGAUGCUAUUUCUUAUUAAACGAGGGAUUUGACAUUGAACGAGUGAAAGACACCGCCAAACAGAUGGAAGGAGUUCACGACUUUCGAACAUUUAUGAAAGUUUCAAAAGAGCAAAAAACGCUUCAUCCAAGAUUUUGUCUUCGACGAAUGGAUAGCAUAACUGUUCAACCAGGAAUGACAUUAGCUACCCGGUUUAAUUAUGAGAAAACUCUCGCCCAUUUUGACUUUUGGAACAUUGAAUUCAGGUGUAGAGCAUUCUUUUAUCGACAGAUAUUAAAUGUAAAUUUUCAGAUACGAAACAUGGUCGGUGUUCUGUUGGCAGUUGGGAACGGAAAGAUAAAUCAAAGAGAUGUUUACGAAAUGUUGACCAUUCCGUCGAAAAAAUCAUGGAACUACCAAGUGCCAACGGCACCAAGUCCUGGUCUUUAUUUAACAAAUGUCGAAUAUCCACAGGAAGUUCUUGCUGAACAUAUUCGCAGCUUUAAAGAGGAUGAGGAAACGACCGGAAAUGAAAAUUCGAUUGAUGAUGAUGAUGAUGAUGACAACGAUGAAAUAAAAAUAAAAAAGGGCCCCUUAUAAGACUGAAACGGUAGAAAAGCUAUUUGUAUCAUCGUUUUCGAACAAGAGCGACAUCCCACGAACUCAGGCGAAAUUACAAAUACAUUCAUAAGAAAGCAAAUGUCAAAAACAAUAUUAUUUAGUUGCAUCAACGUGAUGAAAGCUGAACUAGAUAUAAAUUAAUUUUUAGUUUCAAACCGAAUCAAAACAAAUCAAUUGCAUAAAUACAAUGAGUUUUCUUGAACAGCUAAAAGCGAGAAAACUGUUGUUGAAAUCGUCGGUGACCAAUAUAACGUAUGCGGACGGAUCACAAGAGCGAAUAUUGUUGUCAAAAACCGGAGAGACUCAGAAAAUGACGACAAAAACCUAUGGAUUUAUCGUCGACACGAAACCAGAUUUCGUGCCAGCGUGUAUAUUGGAGGAUUUUUUGUAUUUGGGCUCACAAGAUGCAGUGAUGCGAGAGAAUGUUGACAAAUAUCAAUUGACCGACAUCCUAAGCGUUGGAAUCAAAACGCCUGCCUCAAACAUUGACGAUGAAAAUGAUCCAAUUGUUCAGACACAUUUUGUGGAGUGCUUAGAUUUGCCAGAAACCAAUUUAGCAACAACAGCAUAUCGAACAAGUCAAAUCAUAAAGUGUGUACACGAUAAAAAAGGGCGAAUUCUUGUUCAUUGUAAUGCCGGCGUUAGUCGGUCAUCCGCCGUUUGCAUUGCCUAUUUAAUGUCCGAUCAUCAAAUGAAUUUCGAGACAGCAUUUGCGCUGGUGAAAUCCAAACGAGAGUGUAUUCGACCAAAUGAUGGAUUCUUGAAGCAAUUGAAACAAAUGGACCGUAACAAUAGUUGAGUCUAAAUAGUGAGAACUGUCAAAAUCAAUCAGCUGUUUACGUUCUUUGAAACAACAACACACACGCAUCGGUUACAUGCCGAUUUCAAUGUUAACAAAAUAUAACUCUGUGAUAAGAAAUUUGGUUUGAAUCAGGUUUCCAGGCGCACAAACGGAGAAAUAAUUCCAUUUUCGACCAUGAACCGGUAUUUAAUCCACAUUUCGUACAUUGGUACGCACUUUAAGGCGUUCACAAAAUCAAAGGUACACGGCGAGCCGAUGGUUCCGACAACGAUUGGGGUCAUUGAAGAGUCAAUGCAAGUGUUAAAACCAAGAAAUCCAAUCAAUGUGAGGACGAUAAGCAGAACGGAUACUGGUGUUCAUGCGAUAAAUUCAGCCGUUUUGGUGGAUUUAGAGCGGAUGAAUGGAAAACCGUAUGAUUGUGACUACAUCACACGUUUGUUGAACGACUCAUUUGAGGAGACAAAACAUGAAAUACGCGUGAAUCGUGCUGAAAUGGUGCCCAAAACAUUCAACGAGCACAUCAACGCAGUAAAAUCUCGAACUUACCUAUAUCGGCUAGGUAUAAUAAAACCGAAUACGAACAUUGAUAGCCGACUCGAAGAGAAAUAUCGAUGCUAUUUCAUGUAUGCCGAUAAUUUCGAUGUGCAACGCCUUAAGGAGGCAGCAAUGAUGCUUACAGGCAGGCAUGAUUUUCGUACCUUUAUGAGUAUCAAUAAUGAUGUACAUAAAAAACCAUCAUUUGCAUUGCGAACGAUAAAUUAUGUGAAAAUUGAAAAAAGUCACGCAUUGACCGUCCAACCAUUUGAACAUAGCGAUACUGUCGAGUAUUGGAACAUAAUUUUCAACGCACAAUCAUUUCUCUAUCGACAAAUCAGGAGAUUGGUAGGCACUUUGGUGGCUGCCGCGAAAGGCAACAUCACCCACCGCGAUUUAUAUGAAAUGCUCACGAUUCCAUCACAAAAUUCAUUUACCAAGAAAAUAUGUGUGGCUCCUGCUCAUGGACUAUAUUUAACUGAUAUUGAAUUCCGUGAGAAAUGUCUGACUCGGGAAACACACCAAAUUUUAGAUAGUUUAAGCAAUAAAUAGAGGUACUGUACAUUUCAUACUAACAAGUGAUUGUGUUUGUAUUCUGUCGUUUACAAAUUAUACGGUGUUUUCGAGGCGUUUUACCCAAAAUCAAGUUUAAGAGUCACGAAAAUUUUGAAUUAGAACAACAUGUCAUAAAUUACAUAAACGUAACCUGUUCAAAUUCAAUAAAAUGUAUGGAAGCUGUGAUUGGUCUGAAAAAUCCAUUUUCAGAAGUUGAUGGCUUAUAUUUGAGUGAAUGUCAUGCAUAUUAUUGGAAAAAAUAUUUUUUUUCAUUAACAUAUUAUUUUUUCACACUUUCAAAAAAUUGAAGAAGAAAAAAUUGGCCCAAUUAAUUCAAAACGAAAAAAAAAACAACAUUAAAUUGCAUCCACUUUCAAAAAUUGUAAA